UCUUUACUUAAUGCAGUUUCGAUCUGUUUCUUGUGUCUUUGCAGGAGAGUCUAUGCUCUGGACAAAACAGGAGUGCUACCUGAAGAACUUGUGGCUUUGAAAUAUCUUACUUUUUUGUAUGAAUUACUCGCUUCUUUGUUGUCUGGUGUAUUGAAGAUUUGAAAUUGACGAUCAUAUAUAAUGAUGGCUGCAUUUCAGUUUCGAAUUAAAAUUGUUGUCGACAAAUUCAAUUUUUUGUAGCAAAAUCGAUCAGAACUUUUUCACCGGUCCCCUACCAGCAUGGAUUGGCAAUAUGUCUGAGUUGACUACGUUGUCGAUUGCCCACAAUGACUUCUAUGGACCCAUCCCCAAGGAGCUUGGAAACCUUAAGAAACUAAAUCUGCUGUCCUUUGGAAUAAAUAAUUUCUCUGGAACACUGCCUCCAGAACUUGGUAAUUUAGUCAAUCUUGAAGAGCUUUACAUAAACAGCUGUGGACUUGGUGGUGAAAUUCCUACAACAUUUGCGAAACUUCAAAAAAUGCGAAUCCUAGGGGCAUCAGACAGUCCUUUCUCAGGAAAGAUACCGGAUUUCAUAGGGAGUUGGACAAAGCUAACCUCCUUGAGAUUUGAAGGGAAUUCUUUUGAAGGCCCAAUACCAAGCAGUUUUUCUCAGUUGACCUCAAUGAAUUCUCUACAAAUCAGUGAUAUCUAUAAUGUGAGCUCCUCUCUUGACUUCAUAAGGAAUUUGAAGAAAUUGACUGAUUUAGCUCUCCGAAAUGCAUUAGUCACUGGCCGCAUCCCCUCUGAUAUUAGAGAAUAUCAAAGUUUAAAUAUACUGGAUUUGAGUUUCAACAAUAUAACAGGUCAACUCCCAAGUGACUUGUUCAACAUGAGUUCUCUCACAUCCUUAUUUCUUGGAAAUAAUAGUUUGUCUGGAGUUCUGCCUAGCCAAAAGAGUGAUCGUCUUCAAACCAUGUAAGUCAUGAUGUCAUAAAAGCAUGUUCUAUUGAAUCCAUCAGAAAUUUAAACUUG